GAUAUGAAUUUGCGACUAGAGCGGUCGUGUUGGGUCAUUUAUCGCGUAUACUUUAUAGAGUAAAGACUGCACAAUGUUGUUCGUUUUACUAGUGAUUGUGUUUACGUGUUUAUAUUACUAUGGAGUGCGUACAUUCGAUUAUUGGAAAAAGAAAGGUGUUAAACAUGACCCACCCCUACCUUACUUCGGGAAUAACUUGAAACAGUUUAUGCAACAAGCGAGCAUGUGCAUGAUGGCCACGGAGGUUUACAAAAAAUAUCCUGAAGAGAAAGUAGUUGGGUUCUACAGAGGCACCAGCCCCGAGUUGGUGGUACGUGACCCGGAAAUAAUAAAAAGAGUUCUUGUCACAGAUUUCAAUUGCUUCUACGCGCGAGGUUUCAACCCUCAUAAGAAAGUAAUUGAGCCGCUCUUGAAAAAUGUAUUUUUUGCCGACGGAGAUUUGUGGAAACUGAUCAGACAAAGAUUUACACCCGCAUUCAGUACGGGAAAAUUGAAGGCCAUGUUUCCAUUAAUUACAGAAAGAGCGGAGAAAUUACAGGUCCUCGCCGAAGAUAUUGUUGACGAAGAAUAUUACGAUGUCCGAGAGCUUAUGGCGAGAUAUACGACUGAUUUUAUUGGGGUCUGCGGUUUCGGUAUUAAUAUGGACACAAUGUCCGACGACAAUUCGCAAUUUCGACGACUCGGUAAGAGGAUUUUUGAAAGAAAUUUCAGAGACGGUGUUUGUGGUGCCCUUAAAUUAAUGUUCCCAGAGCUGUGUAAAAAUUUAACAUUGCUGUCACCAGAAUUAGAGAUAUCUAUGGUCAAAUUAGUGCAAAGUGUACUAAGAGACAGGAACUAUAAACCCUCCGGUAGGAACGAUUUUAUCGACCUCAUGCUUGAAUUAAAAGAGAAAGGGAAAAUUAUUGGUGAAUCGAUAGAAUCAAGGAACCCUGACGGCUCAAAGAAAAUUGUUGAACUUGAAAUGGAUGAUUUACUUAUGACUGCUCAAGCGUUUGUAUUUUUCGGAGCUGGUUUUGAAACAUCAUCUACUGCAUCCAGUUACACAUUGCACCAGUUAGCUUUCAAUCCGGAUUGCCAAAAAAAAGUGCAACAAGAGAUCGAUACAGUAUUAGCGAAAUAUAAUAACAAAUUAACAUACGAAGCUGUUAAGGAGAUGCAUUACUUAGAAAUGGCAUUUUACGAAGCAAUGAGGAUGUAUCCUUCUGUCGGUUAUUUAAUUAGAGAGUGUACUGUACCAGAAUACACAAUUCCAGAAAUAAAUCUUACGAUAAAUGAAGGUGUGAAAUUGAUGAUUCCCAUGCAGGCUAUUCAUAAGGAUGAGAAAUAUUUCAGAGACCCUGAGAAUUUUGACCCCGAGCGUUUCCAAGACGGCGCCAAGGAGGAUAUUAAAAACUUCGUAUUUUUACCCUUUGGAGAAGGCCCAAGGGCGUGUGUCGGUGCUAGAUUAGGUCAAAUGCAGUCUAUGGCUGGUAUUGCUGCUUUAUUACACAAAUUCAGCGUCGAACCUGCCGCUUGCAGCUUGAAGAACCCAUUACCUGAGCCUACAGGAAUCGUCUCAGAAGGAUUCAUUGGAGGGCUACCGCUUAAACUUAGGAGGCGUUAAUGUAAAUAAGCGUAGAUUUUGGAGUUGGACCGUGUUGCUAAAUGUUCUGAUGAUUAGUCAAAAUAUUGGUUCCAAACUAUCGUCUAAAUAUUGAUAAAUGUUCUAAUUCAUGAUUAGUCGAAAUAUUGAUUCCAAAUGAUCGAAUAGAUAUCGUCAUAUGUGUUAUUCAUGCUCGGGCUUGUUUCACAAUGUUCAAGGAUAUGUCUGAGUUAAAUAUAACUCAAUUAAAACGUCUUUUGACUACCAUUUAUUUAGGAGAAUAAUUUAUAUAUUUGGUCGCCCUAUUUUUAUUCGAUGAUUAGUGUUUAUUUGGACAAGAAACAGGCCUAGAAUAUUUUUUUUCUUGCUCAUUUAUACUUAUAAUUUUCGAUAGCUUGAAAUUAUUAUUUUUGAAUCGUUUGUGGAAUCAUUUUGCCUAACACUAUUGAGUUGAAUUUAUGUUUUUUUUAAAUAUUACUUAUUGUCUCCGUCAUUGCGAAACGUUGUGGUAUUGUAUAAUUGUGAUAGAUUAUAAAUUAUUUAUUUUUAUAAAGACUGGAUUUCUAUAAUUUGAUGGUUUUGUAAUUAAAGUGAUUGAAAUUUAAGUAUGCUUUCUACUUACCAUUGAUAGAUCUAGUUGACUGAUGCCCGAGUCGCCUUUUUCGCCUUUAGGCCCCACUGGGCCCGGUAUUCCCGGAGGACCCAGAGUGCCGGGACGUCCCUAUAUUAAAAAAAUAUUAAUAUUGUCAUAACGUUGCAUAAUAUAUGCAUAAUAAUCUACAAAAGUGUGUUGAUUGUUUUACCUUCGCAUUCUGGGGAGCAAUAAAAGAAACACAAAACGAAUAUUAAAAAA